AUGUCUGCCCAGAGGAUUGGUAUCUUUACCAUCGACUUCCCGGAUCCUCUUCGCAUCGACUACGACAACAACCAGUUCAAUACCCUCAACGAAUCCGUCUCGUUCCAGUAUCGCAUCCUCAACAACAUCCAGACCUUGUCUACCAAAGGCGUCGACGGCAACCAGGACCCAUAUGGCAUACUCUACGUACCCGAUGUCUACACAUCCGGAUGCAGGGAGCAGGAGGGAAACUAUGUUCCCGAGAAUGCGACACGGGUAGCCAACCUCCCGACUGACAAGGAUUACGCCCUCAUCGCCGUUGCGCCCUGGUACUCGGCGCAAUGUACCAUCGAGUACUUCACAGCAGCGCGCAACCAUCCCACCAAAGCCUUCCUCACAUACCAGCCAGGAGACAGCAAUGCCAAGCCACCAGUGCUCAAUGAUGCGUCGUGGAACCUUCAAGAUGGUGGUAGUUGGCAGACGGCUAACGACUUUCCGACCUACGCGCUGUCGUCAAUAACCGGGAGGAACAUCAUGGAUCAGUUGAACCAGUACUCUGGAAACUUGAGCCAGGUACCGCAUGGCGAUACACUUUCGCAGAUAUACGAGCCUACCGACUACGUGCGGCUAUGGGCAACCGUCAGUACUGACUCCGGUGGCCAACUCCCAAGCCUAUGGGUUUUCCUCGUCAUCGUGCUAGCCAUCCUCCUCGUCGCCGUUAGCAUUACUUCCCUCGUCAUGCACAUCAUCCAACGAAGGCGACGCAACGAUCUGCGCGAGCGCGUACUUAACGGUCAGGUCGAUCUCGAAGCAUUGGGCGUCAAGCGCCUGACAGUCUCGCAACAAGUCCUUGACAAACUUCCCAUACACACAUACACUGCUCCUGCUACAACUUCGAACGAACCUGAAAAAGCCACCGCCCCACAAGCGCUGAACCCAGCACUCGAUACUCCGCAUGCCGCUGUAGACGCUGAAACUGGCUACAAAGGACCUCAGUUGACCCGCCACUCGUCUGCACCCACGAUGCCUACGGUGCCCACGUCUAGCGUUUCUGCCUCGUGGUCCCAGCCCACAUGUCCAAUCUGCAUGGACGACUUCGAAGUCAACGAAACACAAGUGCGAGAGCUCCCGUGUCGUCACAUCUUCCACCCCGAAUGCAUCGAUACUUUCCUCCUCAAUCAUUCCUCGCUAUGCCCCAUGUGCAAGCAAACUGUGUUGCCUGCUGGAGUUUGUCCAGUCCAGAUCACCAACGUCAUGGUACGACGAGAACGGCAUAUCAAUCGCAUGCGAGCACGCAGUGCACAUACAGCAAGCACCCAACCAGGUUCCGCAUCUGCGCCGUCUUCCGCAACAGUACCAACACCACUCACUCGCCCGCCGAUUGCUCUUGGGUCGCUUGGUAGUAGGAUAGGUGGAGCCAUUUCCGGCCGACGUAUCUUCAGUGCACCCGAGCGAACGCAAUCACGACCGCCUGAUAUUGAGAUGGGAACUACACAACCAUCGGAUGCCUCAUCACAGCCUCAGCCUCCCAACGCACCAGCUCCACAAAAUGCGCAAGAUUGUGGUCCUACCCAUAAUAGACGAGAAUGGGCACGGCAAAGAGCAUUGGCUAUGCUUGGUCCGCGUCAUGCACCUGCUAGUGAUGUGGAAGAAGAAGAAAACGUCCCAAAGUGGAGGCGGAUGUUCCGCAAGGUCUUUCCCAUUUGA